AUGUUGAGAGGUUUACGUUCAUCUUCAUUGAAACGUGGUUUGGCUACCGCCGCCGAUGCUGCCACUCCUAACAGAGUCCACGGCGGCUUGAAGGAUCAAGACCGUAUUUUCCAAAACGUCUACGGCAAGUACGGUAAGGACCUCAAGAACGCCCAGAGAAUGGGUGACUGGUACAAGACCAAAGAAAUCAUCUUGAAGGGUGACACCUGGAUCAUCAACGAAAUGAAAAAGUCUGGCUUGAGAGGCAGAGGUGGUGCAGGUUUCCCAUCCGGUCUCAAGUGGUCCUUCAUGAACCCACCAGGCUGGGAAAAGAACCCUGGCCCGCGUUACUUGGUGGUCAAUGCCGAUGAGGGUGAGCCGGGUACCUGUAAGGAUCGUGAAAUCAUCAGAAAGGACCCCCACAAGUUGGUUGAAGGUUGUUUGUUGGCCGGUAGAGCCAUGAAUGCUACUGCCGGUUACAUCUACAUCAGAGGUGAAUUCUACAACGAAACCGUUGACUUGCAAAACGCCAUCAACGAGGCUUACGCCGCCGGGUUGUUGGGUAAGGACGCUUGUGGCUCCGGCUACAGCUUUGACUUGUACAUCCACCGUGGUAUGGGUGCCUACAUCUGUGGCGAGGAAACCGCCUUGAUUGAGUCCAUCGAAGGUAAGGCCGGUAAGCCAAGAUUAAAGCCGCCUUUCCCGGCUGGUGUUGGUUUGUUCGGUAGGCCAACCACCGUCACCAACGUCGAAACCGUUGCUGUUGCGCCGACCAUCUUGAGAAGAGGUGGGGAGUGGUUCGCCUCUUUCGGUAGAGAGAGAAACGCCGGUACCAAGUUAUUCUGUAUCUCCGGCCACGUUAACGAGCCAUGUACCGUCGAAGAAGAGAUGUCCAUUCCCUUGAAGGAGUUGUUGGAGAAGCACUGUGGCGGUGUCAGAGGUGGCUGGGACAACCUUUUGGGUGUUAUUCCAGGUGGUUCCUCCGUUCCCGUCAUGACAAAGGCCACCUGUGACAACAUCUUGAUGGACUUUGAUGCCUUGAAGGACGUCGGUUCCGGUUUGGGGACUGCCGCCGUCAUUGUCAUGGACAAAUCUACUGACAUGAUCCGCUCCAUCCAGAGAUUGUCUUCUUUCUACAAGCACGAAUCCUGUGGUCAAUGUACGCCAUGCCGUGAAGGGACCACCUACUUGCAGAGAAUGAUGGACCGUUUCUACACCGGCCAGGCCACCGUUCGUGAGAUCGAUAUGAUGUACGAGUUAACCAAGGAGAUCGAAGGUCAGACCAUUUGUGCCUUGGGUGACGCUGCUGCUUGGCCAGUCCAGGGCUUGAUUAAGUCUUUCCGUCCGGAAAUGGAAGCCAGAAUCAAGCACUUUGAAGAACAGUUGGGCGAACCAGUUUCCUAUGGUGGCUGGACCAAGGGAGGUAAGGUCUUGGAUGGUAAGGCCGUUGGUGUUCCUCACGUCGGUGGUCACCACUAAAUUCAUCCCCCUUCACCCUUUUUCCAAAGGCGGGCCUUUUAGCGACAUGCCGAAUUGCCUGUGCCACCCUUCAAAAGCAAUUGCUCGUGCGAGCCAUUGUUUUAGCAUAUUACACAUCUAAAUUAUUCACUUUUAUUUAAAAGUCCCUCG